GCAAACCGCAGCGCCUUGACCCCGCCGCCGCCUUGCGCCCCUGCGAGUUCCUGCCGCGCGCGCUUGCACUCGGCCAUGGGCGCCGCAGGCUCGUCGGUGCUGGCCCGCUUCCGCCUCCCCGCGCAGUCCCGGCCCGGGUGGCUCGGGGUCGCCGCCCUGGGACUGGCCGCAGUGGCGCUGGGGGCCGUGGCCUGGCGCCGCGCGCGGCCCAGGCGGCGCCGGCGCCUGCAGCAGGUGGGCACCGUGGCGCAGCUCUGGAUCUACCCGGUCAAGUCCUGCAAGGGGGUGCCGGUGAGCACGGCGGAGUGCACGGCCAUGGGGCUGCGCAGCGGCCACCUGCGGGACAGGUUUUGGCUUGUGGUCAACGAAGAGGGCAACAUGGUUACCGCUCGCCAGGAACCUCGCCUGGUUCUGAUUUCCCUGACCUGUGACAGUGACACCCUGACUCUCAGCGCAGCGUACACAAAGGACCUGGUGCUGCCCAUCAGAACACCCACCACCAAUGCAGUGCGCCAGUGCAGAGUGCAUGGCCUGGAUGUCCCGGGCAGGGACUGUGGUGAAGCAGCGGCACAGUGGAUCACCAGUUUCCUCAAGUCGCAGCCCUACCGCCUGGUGCACUCCGAGCCCCAGAUGUGCCCAAGGAAGUCUCACCAGCUCAAGCAUGUCUUCCGGCCCUCGGACGAGGUUGCGUACUCAGAUGUCAGCCCGUUCCUGAUCCUCUCCGAGGCAUCCUUGGCAGAUCUCAACUCCAGGCUACAGAACAGAGUUAAGGCAGCUAACUUCAGACCCAAUAUUGUCGUAUCAGGAUGUGGUGUGUAUGCAGAGGAUUCUUGGGAUGAGCUGCUUAUUGGCGACGUGGAACUGAAACGGGUGAUGGCUUGUUCCAGGUGCAUUUUAACCACUGUGGAUCCAGACACCGGAAUCAUGAACAGGAAAGAGCCGCUGGAAACAUUGAAGAGGUACCGCCAGUGUGACCCUGCUGAACAAAAGUUAUAUGGAAAAUCACCUCUCUUCGGGCAGUAUUUUGUCCUGGAAAACCCAGGGACAGUCAAAGUGGGAGAUCCUGUGUACCUGCUGGGCCAGUAAGGGGAACCUAAAGUAUCAGAUACCUUCAAAAAAUGUCCUCAAAAACAGCAGCACUUGAAGCACAGUGUCAGAACUGACACUGCAGCCUUUUCGUGAGAUCUGUGUUUCCUCUUUUGGACUUCCUUGCAUCUCAACACUUCCUGGGCCCCUCCCACAAAGCAAGGAAACAUAGCAUUGGUGAUUUGGUAUGACUUUAGUAAGUCCUUUGAAUGGCAAGACCAGAUUCCUAAAACUCCCCACUUAUCUUUGAUUAUGGAAGAAUAUGGAAUUCUUUCUCCUGCUUCUUCAUGCACCUACUGAAAAUGCAGACCUUCAACAUCUCACUGUGAUUCUCCAGGGAAAGACAAAAGAAGAGAAAGAGGAAGAAUUGAAUGAGCAGAUCUGGAAUGCUCUGGGUUGUUUUAUUGCCCCUGUGCAUUGGGCAUGUGAUGGAAAUUAAAGAGUUUCUUGAGUAAAGCUGGAAUAUCAGGAAGCUUUUCCCUCAGGUCCCCGGCUGACUUUUUUUUUUUUUUUUUUUUUUGACAGGCAGAGUGGACAGAGAGAGAGAGACAGAGAGAAAGGUCUUCCUUUUUGCCGUUGGUUCACCCUCCAAUGGCCACCGCGGUUGGCGCACUGCGGCCGGCGCACCGCGCUGAUCCGAUGGCAGGAGCCAGGGGCUUCUCCUGGUCUCCCAUGGGGUGCAGGACCUAAGCACUUGGGCCAUCCUCCACUGCACUCCCUGGCCACAGCAGAGAGCUGGCCUGGAAGAGGGGCAACCGGGACAGGAUUGGUGCCCCAACCGGGACUAGAACCCGGUGUGCCGGCGCCGCUAGGCGGAGGAUUAGCCUAGUGAGCCGCGGCGCCGGCCCGGGAUACCAAUUUUCCAUAGAUGUUCUUGGAUCUGCACUGUUGCCUCUCAGACGGUGGCCACGACUGGGCCAGGACUGGAUGGAUCCUUUAUAGCAUGCAGAAGUGGGACAGCCGAAGAAGUGUCAGGGAGAAAACGAAUUCACAAGAGCUGCCAGACUCUGAUCUGGAUUCUGUGAAAAGUCAGGUAGCACCUUUGCCAUGAAACACAAGGUCACAUAUAUCCCUUGCAGCUUCAAAACCUCUCCUGAGAUACAGGAGUGAACAGUGGCACCACAUAGGGAAGGAGCUCCGGUUUGCUGUUUCCAAGAUGUUGCCCAGGGAGAUAAAAAUGCAUCUUCUUAAGGGCAUAAAGAAAUGGUCCUGAAAAGAGACAGUGCCACCUAGUGGGGGUGAAUGGCAGCUCAGCCCACAGGGUAGGAAGGAUUGGAAAAAACACAGAUGGAUAGCGCAGUUUUUGUCUUAUAUAAAUUUUGAUGUUCCUUGCA